UUCACAAAUGUUUGCUGCUAAAAAUAAUAAAAUUUGAAAUUUUUCGUCGAAGAAUAAAGAGACUACUGAAAAUUGGACGUAAGAUUUUUGAAGCUGAUGAACGAAAUGGAUGACAGUCAGAUCCAAUCCAAUUUACGUAUCGCCCAAAAGCUAGAAGUGGAGAAUAAUGGGCAGUUCCUCACUUUGUGUAGAAUGCACCUUUCCUUUGAGAUUGAUUUGGAACUGGAAAACAAUGAACCGGGUUCCGAUCAAAAGACCAAAUCAAAACUUUGGAGUAAGCUUCAGUGGAAGAGCGGCAAAGCUUUCCCAACAUCAUCGGAAGUCACACCAAAUCUAUCUGAAUCUAUCAUAAACCAGAUUCAAAAGUUAGUUAUAUUUUUGGAAAGGAAAGACAACAUAACACAGGAAGGAAUAUUUCGGAAAACUGGAAGCUUAACGCGACAACAAACCUUGCUGAAAAAACUCACGGAAGACGAAGAUUUGUCCAUAGAAGACUGCUCGUAUACUGCACAUGAUUGUGCUAGUGUCUUAAAAACCGUUUUGGCAGAAUUAGACGAGCCAGUAAUAACUUUGAAUUAUUUCUUUGCUUUUCAACAAGUAGCCGAUAUCUACAAUACUAAACCUGAUUGCAAAAUACAUGAGAGUAGACUUCUCAAUUCACUUCAACUGUUAAUGUUGUUGAUUCCCAAAGAGAAUCGAGCCCUUUUAAAGUUGGUUGUCAAGAUAUUAAACAAAACUAUCGAGCAUGAACAAGAAAACAAAAUGACUGCUGAAUCCCUUUCAACUCUUUUCACGCCACAUUUGGUUUGUCCACGGAAACUCAGCUCAGAAGCUUUGUACAAAGUGGCCAAAACAAUGUAUAGCGUGGUGAGCUUCAUAAUUAAAACUGGAGAAAGUGUCUUUUACAUUCCGGAAAAACUUGCUACAGAUAUAAGAGCGUAUUUUGCUGAAAAAAACAGAAGAAAAACUAUGUCACCCGAACAAAUUCUCAACGAGAGUGUAACGUCAGAAAAAACGGCACACACGGUUUUUACCUUUAUUGAUCGAGAAAAAACAGCAAAAGCUCACGAUACCGAAACAACUGAUACAGCUCUAGCAAAUUUGUAUGCAUAUAUUGUAUCUCUUCCAGAGUCCUCUCGAAAGAAAAAACUGAUUCACAAGUUCAAUAAGGAAAAUGGAAAGGGGACUCCGUUGCAGUUUUUAAAUGGACAACGAGAAAAACAUUCCACAGGUUUGUUAGCAAAAACUUUGGGCAGUUCGAUCAAAAAACAUAUAUUCCAGAAAAAUUUCUUAUCAAAAACACCUAAACGUGGCAGCUCAUCAAAUCAGACUCCUAAGAAAACAGCAAAAGUUUUAUUUUCUGACACUCCUCGCUUGACGAGUACCGAGAAAUCAAAUUUAUCGAUGAAUAAAUCACCCGAAUCUGUAGAAAUUCUUUCUGCAGACUCUGUUCACAAAUCCAUUUUGCAUGAAUUUCAUUUAACACAAAAAAUUAGCACCAGAUCAAUAUCUGAUUCACAUUUGAAUAAAAGCUAUGAUCCUCUCUUUGACCAAACACCACCAUCUAAAGAGAGAAGUGCAAGUGUUGGAGACAUUCAUAAUUUAGUAGAAAGCAAAGAUGAAGUAUUAAAAAGUACGUCAACGACCGAGUUAAAUCGUGAAAUUCUUGUUAGUGCAGAAAGAAAUGAUAUCUCAGAGGAAGAAGAUGAAAUUGAUAAACCUAAAUGCAUGUUUUCUCCUUCUAAAUCCACUAACACCGAGUUUGAUGAAAUUCACAACACACCUGCUUUGUAUUCGAUUUCUAAAAGACUAUCUAUGUCACCUAUUACUAAAUCAACUAAACGAAUGCCAAAAUCUAUGCAGGAGCAAAUCAUGACUCCACGUUCUAGGAAACCCAUAACUGCUAUUGAAUCUUUGUCUUCCGAAAAUAAGUCUAAUGUGUUUGAAAGUUUACUAGAAGAGUCUGAAGUCGAUAAUGCAAGUGUGCAAGACGAUUGUACAAAUUAUAAUGGAGUGCCUUCCACAGUCGUUACUUGUGAUACGCAAGAAUCUGUUUCAAAUACAUUUAAGGAGUAUUUACUUAACCGAAGUGUAGUGAUCACUGAAUUGUCUGACGAGAUUCCGGAUGAUGACGCGUCAUUUACCAGCCACCCUGACGAUUUUAUUGACGACAUAAAGGAUUUAUCCGAGUCUCAAAUGAGUGACACUAUGUUGUUUUGCCUCGAUGGUAACGAUCCAACGAAUGAUGAGGUUAUUGUUUCGAGAAAAAGAACGAUGGACACCAUUAACGAUGAGCAUCUUUUGAAAGAACCAAGUUCAAAACGUUUUGUUGGCGAAACAUCGUUAUAAGCUCUGAGGUGAUCUCAUACAUGUAUGGAUAAGGAAAUAUGCAUAUCAUUAUUAAAACAUGUUUCCAAUUGUAAAAUUAUAUUUAAUUAUAUUUGAUGUUGAUAAAAACAACACACAUGAAAUUUUCAAUAAACAUGCUUUGGAAAAGCUUA